AUGGCGUCUCCGACACCGCCGAUCGCGCUUUUCGUGUCGCUUCUCUUCUUAAUCUCUUCUAUGGUAUCCGGCGACAACACGAACCACGUGUACUCUCCGUGCGGCGACGCGACGGUGCAGAGGUCCGACGGCUUCACCUUCGGGAUCGCGUUCGCAUCGCGGCCGGCGUUCUUCUCCGGAAACUACCAGCUGUCUCCCUGCGACCACCGGCUGUCGCUCGCCUCCGGCAACUCUCAGGUCGCCGUCUUCCGCCCUAAGGUCGACGAGAUCUCGCUGCUCACCAUCAACACCUCCAACUUCUUCCCGGACUCUUACGGAGGCUAUAUGGUGGCAUUUGCUGGCCGAAGAUACGCUGCCCGAUCGAUUCCUGCUUUUGUUGCAAACAGUACAUAUAUAGUCACCAGUUUUACCCUGGUUCAAGAAUUUAGAAAAGGGAGGCUGCAAAACUUGUUCUGGAAAAGAGACGGUUGUGCUUCUUGCUCGGGCAGGUCGAAUUUCGUCUGCCUCAAUAAUCAAGACUGCGCCAUCCGAUCCAGUAACUGCAGGAGUCACGGUGGGUCCGUAGAUUGCAGCCUCGGAAUACAGCUGGCGUUUUCCGGCACGGACAAGCAUGAGUCUGUUUUCAACUCAUGGUAUGAGGUUAAGAAUCUCCGCCAGUAUUCGCUCUACGGCCUUUAUUCUAAUCUCAGGGACUCACUCACCAGCCAAUACAACAGAUUUUUCUAA